CCGUUUGAUAGCCCACCUCCUCAAGUGAACGCCUCUUUUUUUACCCCUCAGUGUACACACACUCAUACAGACCCACUCCUCACCCCCUUAUUAUUCAUCUCAAUAUUUAUAUCCAUCCACUCAGCAGGCUGCCUCCUGCUCCACUGAGUCUGAUAAACACACGCACUUGGGCCAAAGACAAAGACACAAGAAACACCCAGAGAGGAGAUACAGGAGCAGGAAGCUGACAGCUUAAACACACCAUUUAUACAGACUGCUGCUGCACAGCCAGCGGUGGGACCACAGAGCAGAGGGUGGAUUAAUAGGGAUUUUUUUAUUGCAUAUUAAGUGAGAAAGAAGAAACUGAUCGGAUCGGCCGUCGCACUCCACCUCCUGCUGCCUGCAUGUAUUUACUGUCCCCCGGCUCCUAUUUAGCCCUUGCAAACCGCAAGCAGCGAGGCCCAGUAGAGCGGCUACUGAACCAGCACAACCAGGCGCUGAAUGCAGACUAACAGGGAUGCCAAAAGAAAAAUAUGACCCUCCUGAUCCACGCAGACUUUAUACUAUCAUGUCAGCAGAGGAGGUGGCCAAUGGGAAGAAGUCUCACUGGGCUGAAUUGGAAAUUUCUGGUCGGGUGAGGAGCCUGAGUAAUUCGCUCUGGUCUUUGACGCAUUUGACGGCACUGCACCUCAGUGAUAAUAACCUCUCUCGUAUCCCGUCUGAAAUUGCCAAGCUACAAAAUCUGGUUUAUCUGGAUCUCUCGUCUAAUAAACUCAGAAGUUUACCAGCAGAGCUAGGGAACGUAGUGUCACUCAGGGAAUUGCUUUUAAAUAACAAUCUGUUACGGGUUUUACCUUAUGAACUGGGCCGACUGUUCAGGCUUCAGACCCUCGGGUUAAAAGGUAAUCCUUUAUCACAGGACAUACUCAGUUUGUACCAGGAACCAGAUGGAAUACGAAAGCUACUGAACUUCAUGCUUGACAAUCUAGCAGUUCACCCAGAACAGCUUCCUCAGAGGCCGUGGAUUACAUUAAAAGAACGAGACCAAAUUCUUCCCUCAGUUUCAUUCACAGUAAUGUGCUACAAUGUGCUUUGUGAUAAAUAUGCUACUCGGCAGCUAUAUGGUUACUGUCCGUCAUGGGCACUAAGCUGGGACUUCAGAAAGAAAGGUAUCAUGGAAGAGAUAGUCAGCUGUGAUGCAGAUAUCAUAAGUCUUCAGGAAGUUGAAACCGAGCAAUACUACGCCCUCUUUCUGCCAGCAUUAAAGGAACGUGGAUAUGAUGGCUUCUUUUCUCCAAAGUCACGUGCCAAAAUCAUGUCCGAGCAAGAAAGAAAGCACGUAGAUGGCUGUGCAAUAUUCUUCAGAACAGAUAAAUUCAGCCUGCUGCAAAAGCACACAGUGGAGUUUAACCAAGUAGCCAUGGCAAAUUCAGAGGGGUCAGAAGCCAUGCUAAACAGAGUAAUGACUAAGGACAACAUUGGUGUUACAGUGUUGUUGGAGGUCCAUAAAGAUCUCUCUGCACAAGGUUUGAAACACUCAUCAGAGAAACAGCUGCUCAUGGUAGCAAAUGCCCACAUGCAUUGGGACCCUGAGUUUUCAGAUGUAAAGCUUAUUCAGACUAUGAUGUUUGUUUCUGAACUGAAAAGUAUAAUUGAGAAAGCUGCAAGCAGACCUGGGAGCCCCACUGCUGAUCCAAAUUCCAUCCCUUUUGUGUUGUGUGCUGAUCUGAACUCCUUACCGGAUUCAGGUGUAGUAGAAUAUCUUACAAAUGGUGUGGUAGCUGACAAUCACAAGGACUUCAAGGAGCUUCGCUACAAUGAGUGUCUCACCAACUUCAGCUGCAAUGGAAAGAAUGGAGCCCCAGAUGGAAGAAUCACGCAUGGCUUCCAGCUGAGGAGCACGUAUGAAAACAACUUGAUGCCUUACACCAAUUACACCUUCGAUUUCAAAGGUGUUAUUGACUACAUCUUCUAUUCCAAGACACACAUGGACGUCCUGGGCGUCCUGGGGCCUUUAGAUCCUCAAUGGAUGGCGGAGAACAACAUCACAGGCUGCCCUCAUCCCCACAUCCCUUCUGACCACUUUUCACUGUUAACACAUCUGGAACUUCACCCUCCACUACUGCCUCCCAUCAACGGGGUACACUUGCCAAGCCGGAGGUAGUGCUGGCUGAGGUCUGCGCACCUGUUCUCAUGGACAUGUACAGCUGUAAAAGAUGAUCUGUAGGAGUGAAGUAUGGCCAACCUUAAGCUGCUUUCUCACGGCUCUUUCCCUUCUGUCAAUGCAGUUGUUCUGCAUUAAGUUGCAAGGGAGGCAAUCUUGGCAUUAGGGCUGGUACAAAAGCUGUCCUCCCAACUGUGUCUAUAUAUUUUUUUUUAUUUUUAAUGGAUUAUGCUUUUUAUUUUCUAAUUGUCCUAAUUGGUUUUUCAUAUGUACAAGGAGACAUAAUUCUCAACAUAAAAGAAGUUACUUCAAUAUUCAUGUCACUAAUACCCCCCGUAAUGCCAUUCCAUUUUUUCAUAAGUAGUUAAACAAUUUAUUGCCACAUCCGUUUAGUUGCCUUACUCCAACCAUAUAAAUUCAGAUCACAUUAAUAUAGAAUAUAUGUAUUUUAUUUUCUCUUUUUAUUGGAUUUACAUCUCCAUUUCAAGGGUAAGAAAGUUUUUUUUGUAAGGUUAAGCACAAUCCAUCCCUACUUUUGUCUGUGUAUUUUUUAUCUAUUAUCCAUAAUUUUAUUUACAGGUUUAGAUAAAUUAUCGUUACACUCUAAAGUAGGUAUGACCUUUCAUUGCGCAUAAAUCCCUUUAUAGUCAGUAACUCUAAUCUUAGCCAUUAACUCUUAAGAGAAUACAAGGUCAAAAUUUACUCACUCCCUUUUUUUUCUUUUUUUUUUUUUAAUUUUAUGCCAACAGCCCUAUUCGAUUAUAUUUAAUUUAUUUACACCAUCUUUAGCUAGCGUGUUUCAAUUAUUCGUUCAACCACUAAAAAUAAAAAUGCAUAGAAAAUAGGCAAUAAUAUUUCCAGAUUUCCACAUUCUUGCAAUUAAAUAUUGUAGUUUGACACUGCAGUAAUGUGGCACUCGCCUGACAUCAUCCCAUAUGGAACAGGUUCCAAGACCUAAUUCGGAGUAAUACAUCUUGGUUUUCUCUCUGGCUUUUUGAGGACUUAUAUGAACCUUGAUAGCCUAAAUUGUGAACCAAAGAUCCAAUGAUUCUCUCCUCCCCCCUUUUGACAUGUUAAACACAACUUGUCAACUCAAUUCUUUCAACCAUUUGUGGCCUAAAAUGUAAGGAUCUUGUUAAAUAUUUUCUGUCAAAACCUUGGGGUUGUAUGUUGGAGGGUCACAUAUCCAGUCACCAAAUUUAUGGACUCCAGAUCUCUAAAACCAAACUUAGAGCAUAGUAAAGCGAAAUCACGGGUAUUUUAUGUUCUCUGUAAUUAUAAAUAUCCUCGUUCCCCCCCCCCUCCCCAUAUCUUGGGGAGAGCUGUUGGCCUAAAACA